AUGUCUCAACCAAAUGAGCCUCAACUUCUGGUCAUCGAGGUAGUGAGAGAGUUCCCCAAUAUCUUUCCAGAUGAGCUACCUGGUUUACCCCCGAAUAGAGAGAUUGAGUUCCUAAUAGAUCUUAUACUGGGAAUGACGCCAAUCUCCAAAACACCCUACCAGAUGGCACUUAUAGAGCUCAAGGAGCUUAAGGAUCAGCUGCAAGAAUUAUUGGAGAAGGGCUUUAUUUGCCCUAGUCUGUCACCUUUGGGAGCACCAGUCCUCUUUGUUAAGGAGAAAGAUAGAUCGUCGCGCCUUUGCAACGGUUAUAGAGAACUAAACGGGGCGACCAUUAAGAAUUGGUACCAAUUACCUCUGAUCGAUGAUCUAUUUGAUCACUUCAAGGAGUACAGGUGGUUCGAGCUGAUAAAGGAUUAUGACGGUGCCACCAACUACCAUCCUGGCAAGGCUAUUGUUGUAAUAGAUGCCCUCAACAGGACGUUUUCUUCUGGUACCCUUGCGAGCAUGUAUACCCCUAAGAAAUUUAUUCUCCUAGACAUGGAGAAGCUAGGAGUGGAGAUGAUGAGGGAUGUACAGGUGAGGUUAAGUACCCUGGUUCUUGGUCCGACAGUAUUGGACCAGAUUGUUUCUGAAGAUGGGUCCCUGCGAUUCAAGGGGAGACAUUGCGUACCAACAGAGAAAGAAUUACGGGAUCUACUAUUGAGGGAGAUGCACAGGUCCUUAUACACAGUGCAUCUGGGUAGCACCAAGAUGUAUCAAGACCUGAGACAACAUUAUUGGUGGAGUUGA